AUGGCGGAUCGUCGUUGCAAAGUUGUUUGCGUCGGCACGACCCGUGCUGGCAAGUCCUCUCUUGUUCAAGCCUUUCUGUACGGCUACAUGUCUCGAGAGUAUGCUGGCACCGUCGGUGUCGAGUUUCACAGCAAGACCGUCUUCCUGCCCGAUGGCCCCGUGCGCCUCCAGCUCUGGGAUACGGCCGGACAUGAGCGCUUUUCGGCGCUCGUCCCAACCUACCUCAAGUCAGCCGAAGCUGUGCUCCUUACCUUUGAUCUUACUGAUCGUGCCAGCUUCGAUGAGGUGACGCAGUACGCCGAGCUCAUUGCCAAGCACGCGGUUGGCCUGGCCCCGACUCGCGUGCUCGUCCUGGGCAAUAAAAGCGACCUGGAUGAUCAACGCCAAGUCUCCCAUCAGGAGGCCGCCGCCAAAAGCAUCGAGCUCGGUUACGAUUACAUGGAAGUCUCGGCCACCCAGCCCACCAAUGUCGUCCGCUGCUUCCGCCACCUGGUCGCCCAGGUCGUGGCACCUGAUGGUCGCCUUGAACCCACAUGUAUGUCGAGGUUGAGAAGCCCAUGUUCCCCUUCCCUUAUAUCCGGUCCGAAGCGGCGCUCUUAG